UUGACGCCUGGGGGGUAUGUGGAAGCGACACGAGAUUGUGGGUGAAACCCUAUGUGAUUCGUGCGGUACACAUGUUCGUUAUCACUAUUCCAGCCUUCUCCUUCGCCUCAAAAUUCGCAUUAGGCUCCAGAUUGCGAUGGCAGCACUAUUACGCACAAGUGAGAUGCGGUAUUAUGUGCUCAGAGAUUCAAGUCAUUUUUCGCACACAGCUCAUGAUGGAUAAGCUAUUCUAACAACUGAUUAUGCAUUCUGUAACGCAUUUGAUAUGGUUCCUGAUGAACAGGAUAGCGUUUGCACUGACAACAACUGUCUGUGUUCGCAUGCACUAUGCGACAGCAGACUUCCGCCAUUUCAAAUCGAACCCGCACCAAGCGUAUCAUCAGUGCCCGUCUAUUUUGUGUUGUUUUCAUCAUAAAAACGAUAA